AUGAGCUCGCAGAAAUCGGCCCUCCCUAUCCAUCCACCCAAGACCGACAAGUCGCCAUCUAUUCAGAACCAGAACGGCGAGGUCAAGGUCUCGCUGGACACCGACCCCUUCGCCGCUCCCAAUGUUUACUAUGGCACCAGUCACAGCCCUAGAAAGGCUGCCAAAAGCCGCACAUACUCUGCGAUCGAUCCUGCCCGUAACACGGUAGCUGGUACAUACAAGACGCCAGCCCGGCGAACGAGUCAUGAUGCACAGGGUAAUGCCCCGCGCAGAUACCUUAUCAAUGUCGAUGAGACCUUGAAGACCCUCUUGAAGCGCGAGGACACCGACCACAACGUUCAGAUCACGAUCGAGGAUACGGGACCCAAGACGAUCGAGCUGGGAACGGCUGCAUCUGGAGGAUACCGCCGCUUCGAUGUGCGGGGCACGUACAUGCUCAGCAACCUCUUGCAGGAGCUCUGUCUGGCUCAGAAGUAUGGACGUAAGCAGAUCGUACUCGACGAGGCACGCUUGAAUGAGAACCCCGUCAAUCGACUGGCUCGCCUUAUCAAGGACCAGUUUUGGCCGAACCUCACCAGACGCAUCGAUGGGUCCAACAUCUCGUCUGUCGCCAGAGACCCCAAGGACUGGACAUCAGACCCACGGCCUCGUAUCUACAUACCGUCAGGUGCUCCAGAACAACACCAAUACUACACUCGCAUCGCCAAGGAGCAUCCAGAGAUAAGACUCGAUGUUCAAUGGCUGAAAGAAGGCGGUCCUGACGACGAUGAGUAUGUUCGCGACCUCAACAAUGCGCCAGGCCUGUUGGCGGUUGCCAUGGAGCGCGUGCAAGACACACCUGAUGGUGAACCGGAUUACAAGGGCCUGCCAUUUGUUGUUCCUGGUGGCCGUUUCAACGAACUUUACGGUUGGGACAGCUACAUGGAAACACUAGGUCUGCUGGUGAAUGGCCGUGAGGAUCUCUGCGAGGCGAUGGUCAAGCACUUCUGCUUCUGCAUUCGCCACUACGGCAAGAUCCUCAACGCCAAUCGCUCAUACUACCUGCGCCGAUCACAGCCGCCGUUUCUCACUGACAUGGCACUCCGAGUGUACGACCGCAUCAAGCACAGACCCAACAGCCUCAACUUCCUGCGAGACGCCAUUCUUGCCGCCAUCAAGGACUACUAUGCAACAUGGAUGUCGAAGCCGCGAUACGACGAAGAGUCUGGUCUUUCGAGAUAUGUGCCAGGCGGUCUCGGCGUACCUCCGGAGACAGAGGCUUCCCAUUUCGUUCAUAUCCUGGCGCCUUAUGCUGAGAAGCACGGCAUGAGCUUCCAUGAUUUUGUCCAUGCAUACAACUAUGGCCAUGUCUACGAACCGGAGCUGGACGAAUACUUCCUGCACGACCGCGCAGUCCGUGAGUCUGGUCAUGACACGUCGUAUCGGCUGGAGCGAGUCGCUGCUCACCUGGCUACGGUCGAUCUCAAUUCGUGCCUAUACAAGUACGAGUGUGAUAUUGCUCGCACCAUUCGUGCUUUCUUUGGCGACAGGCUUGAGAUACCAAAGGAAUGGCAUCUUCCAGGGCAUCCCGAGUUUGAGACUUCUUCGACAUGGGACCGCAAGGCCAAGAAGCGCCGCCAGCAGAUGGACAAGCUCAUGUGGGAUGAGGAGAAAGGCAUGUUCUUUGACUACAAUACUGUGAAAAAGGCAUACACCGGCUACGAAAGUGCUACCACAUUCUGGGCCAUGUGGGCAGGCGCUGCCACUCCUCGUCAAGCCUCGCUCAUGGUGCAGAAGGCUCUCCCCAAGUUCGAAGUCCAUGGAGGUCUGGUUAGUGGAACAGAAGAGAGCCGUGGACCUGUUGGUGUGCAUCGUCCGAAUCGUCAGUGGGACUACCCAUUCGGCUGGGCUCCACAACAAAUCCUCGCCUGGACUGGCUUUCUCCGGUACGGGUUUGAGGAAGAAGCGCAGCGAUUGGCAUACCGCUGGAUCUACAUGGUCACCAAGGCAUUCGUCGACUUCAACGGUGUUGUGGUUGAGAAGUAUGAUGUGACACGGCAAGUCGAUCCCCACAAGGUCACAGCCGAGUACGGCAAUCAAGGUGGUGACUUCAAGGGUGUGGCGACCGAAGGCUUCGGCUGGGUCAACGCAUCCUACGUCUACGGCCUUCAAAUUGUUAACGCACAUAUGAAGCGCGCGUUGGGCGCUGUCACCACCUGGGACACCUUCAAGAAGAUGACAGACAGCGAGUACGACACCGAACCAUUGCUCGACGCCAAGCCCGAGCCCGCACAUGUCACCGAGCAUCAUCCAGCCCCCGUACAGUAUGCGGAACCACAUCAACAUCCCGUCGCGAAUGGCGGACACAACGAUGUCAACCUCGGCGCGACGCAAACACCUGCGCAUGCACACGAGGCGCAUCAGACGAAGAAGUAG